AUGUCAUCGGCGGUUCCCAGCACUACUUCUUCAACCAGUUCGACCGUCACUAUCAGUUCCGUCGGCCCUAUUAACUCCAUUAUCUCUACCAGCUCCACCAGUCCUAUCAGUUCUCGUCCUAUAACUAGUCACUCAAUCUCUCUUACCCCUUCGUCUUCGUCUAAUGUGUCUACUACGUCUAAAGCAACCGCAACGGCUAAUGACAACAACGAGCAUCCAGCCCAUAACCACGCAUCGUAUACUGGACCUGUGCAUGUCGCUCCCACUGCUGAUGAUUCGAGUCAUACGGUCAGGAUUUCUGCUCUUGGCGUUGCCUGCGCGCUAUUUGGUAAUGCCCUCGCGAUGUUCUGA